UUAAUGUUUCGGAUGAAACAAGUAUUUUCUGUAGCUUCGAACAAAUAUUUGGUCCAACUGUUAUGGACUUUUAUCAAGUUAUAGGAAAUUUUGAUACAUAUUAUACAAUAUAACGAAUUAUAAAAAGGUUCUUAAGUGUUCGUUGCUUUUACGUUAUUCUCGUAGGAAUGCUAACAAAUAUUAGUAUGCUUGUACGUAGGUUAUGUGUGUUAUAUUAAUUGACGGUUUAAUUCGAUGCCAGGUAUGACAUUACGUAGAUGUUUUGUAAUUAAUAAUGAUUAUUUUAUCUGAUAGUGACGUACAUCGUCGUUGUUCAACGUGGUAUUGAAUGCAACAGUUUUUAUCUACAUUAUGAAUGUUAUUGAUCUUUAAAUUUGAUAUGAUUCGUGAAUGUUUUGAUUGUACAGACCAUUUUUCUUUUUUAUAAACUUGAUUUACUUUUCAUUCACGAACGAAAAUUUGGAAGCAUCCUGUUCAUACUGCAUCACAAUUUUGCUACUUUUUAAGAUUCAUAUUUACUUUAUUAUACAAGUAUAAUGUAUUUUAGUUUCAAUUUCAUGUAAGAGCACAAUGUAAUGUAAUAUAUUGUAUACAACAAGAAAAGACUAGUUUCUAUUAUGUUGUAUACUAUUUUUGCGUUGAUUAAACAAAUUAAUUAUGCGAAGGAGUUUUAACUUUGAAAGUAAUCGAAUAAACAAAAAUAUAUAAGAAGCUAAUCUAGCGUGAAAUAUUACGAGCGAACCAUGGUAAAAAAACGAGGAAUCGUGUGGAAUUAUUACAAUAAGAAGAUGGCUGGGUCUCAGGUGAUCGCAUUUUGCAAAUUUUGCGAUCAGUCGUACAUUCAAAAUGCUACUCGAAUGGAAAGGCAUAUGGAAAGAUGUCCAAAAUGUCCAGAAGAUGUCAGACAACAAUUUAUACAAGUAGCGCACAACAAAAAACAUAAAACUAAUAAUCUUGAUAAUAAAAUAAAUAACGGCUGGCCAAAACAAGAAUCAUUGGUAGAUCACAACAUCACUGAUAAUGAGUUGGAAGAUCUGGAUGAUUGGAAUUAUAGGAAUCAAUCUUAUUCAAACGAAGCACCUAAUACAGUACAACAAAACAUGGACUUGGUGAUACAAAAUAAUGAACAAACUUGGGUGAAUCGUGAUACUGCAGCUGAAAAUAAUGAUACUGAUACAAAUUCAGUCGGUAGGAAUUGGGAAACAAAUCAGAAUGAUUCUGGAUCUGUUGUACCUGCUGGAUCAGAGGAACGAACAGGUUUGGUCCAUCAAAGGAAAUCUUAUAAUCCCAGAAGAAUAUCACAAUGGCCAAUGUCUUCCAUGCAGACAUCCGAUUGUUCACCUUUACAGAGCAAAAUAUAUCAGGAGCAGCUAUUAGAAAGACGUGCCUUAAGAAGAGCGGCCGAAUUGGAACUACGACGUAAGACAUUGGAAUUAGAAAGAUUCCAAUGGGAGUACGAAAGAGAUAAAGUUCAGACUGAAGUUCGUUGGGCGCAUGAAACUCGUAUGAUGCAACUUAAAGAAGAACGAGAAAGACAAUUGAUCGAACAAAGUAGAACAAAGACAGUUUCACAUGUGGUGUAACCAAUUGUAAAUAAUGACUUUCAUCUACUGAUAACGAACAAUACCAUUGCAUCCUGAAGAAUAGAAAUAGACUUUUAAAGAAGAAGAUACAAUUCCUAAUUCUAAGAAAAUGCACAAAUAGAUGAUCAUAGAAUGUAUGAAAAUAUAUUAUCUAUUUAGAGCAAAGAGUAUGAUUUACUUGUCAUGUAUAUAGAAAAAGCGCCUUUGUAUACAAUUUUUUUUAUCAGAAGUCUUUACUUAACGACUGGAAAACAAUUUUUAAUUGCAACAAAAUAUGCGACUAAAAGAAGAACGUUCUAAUGUACUUAUACAUACAAUAAAAUUUCCUGUUUGUACCUCAUAGUCUAAGAUUACAUUUACUUUUUAUUUAUUAAUAUAUCAUGUUUUAGUUUUAAUGGUGGAUUUUUUGCGUUAGUUUAGAUUAGAACGAGACCAAACAUUUAAUGAUCUAUUAUCACUUUAACUUCGGCGAUUGUC